AUGAAUGCGCUCGCACCCGCUGCUGGCCCGGUCCAGCGCGCCGCCACCGCCAGCUUCGUCCGCGUCGCCCGGCACCAUGCCUACCGGCGCCAGGCAUGGCGCGCCCAUGUGCGCUGGCUGGCCGACGUCGCCAACGAGACGAACCUGAAGCGACGAGCCACCCUUGCCCUCCCAUCACAGUCGCGAUUCAACGAGAUCGGCGUGCAGCAGCUGAGCUCGCACGUCUUCAACCAAAUAUUCCCCGAUGGGUGCAAGCCUCCCCCCGAGGAGCUUGUCCAGCUCUCGCGCGACCACCUGCGCCGGCAUGAUCUGCUCGGCAAGAACACCGACAACUCCGCGCCCAUCGCCUUCGACCUGCCCCAGCUGCACGGGCGCACUCUCGAUGAGCACUUCUUCAAGCUCGGAUCCGAUUGCGCCGAGCCAUACCUGAGCUACGCGAAACAAUUCGUUCGCUCCAGCGUUCCUCCAAAGCCCAGAAAAUGGGUGCGGCAGAGCGGCUGGACCAAGUACUAUCCCGACGGUCGAACAGAGCAAGUCGAUGCGCCGGACGAAGAGAUGCUGUGCUUUGACACAGAGGCGCUAUGGAAAGAGAGCCCCUUCUCCGUCAUGGCAUGCGCUGCGAGCCCAACUGCUUGGUAUGCCUGGCUGUCGCCCUGGCUCCUGGGCGAGACGAAAAACGACCGGCAACUCAUUCCCCUCGGUGACCCGACAAAGGCGCGGAUAAUUGUUGGGCACAAUGUCGGCUACGACCGCGCGAGAGUGCGCGAGGAGUACGACAUCAAGCAAUCGCGGAACGCCUUCAUCGAUACCAUGUCUCUUCAUGUUGCUGUCAACGGCAUGUGUUCGCAACAACGCCCAACAUGGAUGAAGCACAAGAAGAACCGCGAACUGCGUGAGAGAGUUGCGACGCAAACUCCCGACAAUGAACUUGCGGAGCUCCUCAGCAACCGGAGCAUGCAGGAAGAGGAGGAGCUGUGGGUGGAGAGGAGCUCCGUCAACUCCCUGCGUGACGUUGCCAAGUUCCACCUCAAUGUGGCCAUCGACAAGGCCAUGCGCGACGACUUUGGCGAGCUGGACCGCGAAGGUGUGGUGGCCAAGCUCGACAUGCUCCUCGACUACUGCGCCGCAGACGUAUCUAUCACGCACCGCGUGUAUCAGAUCGUCUUUCCCAACUUCCUCGACGUUUGUCCUCACCCGGUCAGUUUCGCUGCCCUGCGACAUCUCGCCUCUGUCAUCCUGCCCGUCAACAAAACCUGGGACGCAUACAUUGCCAACGCGGAGGCGACGUACCACAAGCUCUCUGAUGCCGUUCAGGAGAGACUCGUUGGCCUCGCCGACAAGGCCCUCGAGAUCAAGGACGACCCGGAAAAGUGGCAAAACGACCCCUGGAUGAUGCAGCUCGACUGGUCUGGCCAGGAGAUCCGUAUGGUCAAGGGAAAGCGCAAAAAUGAUCCUCCCAGACCUGCCGCACGACAAAAGAAGCCUGGCAUGCCGCAGUGGUAUAAGGACCUCUUUGCGAAAAACGACGCUCCCAUCAAUAUCACGGUGCGAACCCGCAUCGCCCCUUUACUGCUAAAAAUGUCCUGGGAUGGCUACCCGCUGUUUUGGUCAGACAAAUACGGCUGGGUAUUUAGGGUUCCCAAAGGUGAAUGCGACAAGUACACUGGGAAGCAGAUGCUUGAGUGCGUCUUCGACGAUACGGAGGCGGCUCUUCGAGAUGACAGACGGCACGCCUACUUCAAGCUCCCUCACAAAGACGGGCCGACUGCUCGUUGCGUGAACCCGAUGGCCAAGGGUUAUCUGAGCUACUUUGAAAACGGCACCCUCUCGUCCGAGUACUCCUACGCCAAGGAGGCGCUCGAGAUGAAUGCGUCAUGCUCGUACUGGAUCAGCGCACGAGAUCGCAUCAUGUCACAAAUGGUCGUUUACGAAGAUGAACUGACCCAGGCUGCGGGCAAGAAGCGACGGGGCAAACGGUCUCCGGAGGACACGCACGGUUUCAUCUUGCCCCAGGUCAUUCCAAUGGGCACCAUCACGAGAAGAGCCGUGGAAAACACGUGGCUCACCGCGAGCAACGCCAAGAAGAACCGAGUGGGAUCCGAGCUGAAAGCCAUGGUCAAGGCUCCUGACGGCUACUGCUUCGUCGGUGCGGAUGUCGAUUCCCAAGAGCUGUGGAUUGCCAGUCUGGUUGGCGAUGCGACGUUCAAGAUCCACGGUGGUAACGCCGUGGGGUUCAUGACGCUCGAGGGAAACAAGGCCGCAGGCACAGAUCUCCACUCGCGGACAGCGUCGAUCUUGGGCAUAUCAAGAAACGACGCAAAGGUCUUCAACUAUGGCCGCAUCUACGGCGCCGGUCUUAAGUUUGCAGCUACGCUGCUGCGACAGUUCAACCCCGGCCUGUCUGAGAAGGAGACGAUGGAGGUCGCUUCGAAGUUGUAUGCCAACACCAAGGGCACCAAAACGAACAGAAAGACCAUCUACAAGCGGCCAUUCUGGCGCGGCGGCACCGAGUCGUUUGUAUUCAACAAGCUUGAGGAGUUUGCCGAGCAGGAACGGCCUAGGACGCCGGUGCUGGGUGCUGGUAUCACCGAGGCGCUAAUGGGCCGGUUCAUUGGCAAGGGCGGCUACCUGACGUCGCGAAUCAACUGGGCCAUUCAGUCGUCGGGCGUCGACUAUCUACAUCUCCUGAUCGUAUCGAUGGACUUUCUCGUCCGACGCUACAACAUCGAUGCAAGACUGGCCAUCACGGUGCAUGACGAGAUCCGCUACCUAGUGAAGGACGAGGACAGGUAUCGGGCCGCCCUGGCUCUGCAAGUCGCCAACGUGUGGACGCGAGCCAUGUUUGCGCAGCAGGCCGGCAUCAACGAUCUGCCGCAGUCGUGCGCGUACUUUUCCGCGGUGGAUAUCGAUCACGUCCUGCGCAAGGAAGUCGACAUGGAGUGCAUCACGCCCAGCCACCCGACGCCCAUCCUGCCCGGCGAGAGCCUCGACAUCAACGCUCUCCUCGAGAAGGGCGAAGAAGCGCUGCUCGACCCUGCCGUCGUCCCAGACGCGAAGCAUGCGCCAAACUUGGACGGCAUCGAGUACAAGCAGCGCGUACCCGUGAUGCAGGCGAUCGAAGACGAGUCCGGGACCAGCCUGCCGUUCAUCCGAGCGCAGGUCGCGAGCGACGACAGCGAGAUCCGGGACAUCAUCAAGGAGAUCAAGAAAGCGGAAGACGCGGCGGCGCCCAAGGACAAACCCAUGAGCAAAAGGUCGUUGCGAAACGUCUUGCCGUACCAGGCGCACCCGCAGCUGGUGCCCAUGGAGGAGCCCCUGUCGGUGGCCGAGGCGCUGGGCGCCAGGCAUAGAAACGGCCAGGGCGGCAAGAGCGGGUGGUCCUCCUGGACGAGAAAUUCUACAAAGGGCUCGCGGCCGACGUGGAGGAUCUGA